AUGAGCGGGAACGUGCUGUUGCUGAGCACACACAGACGAGCGUGGAUAAGGACUUCCAGGAAACGCAGCCUCGAGAGCUCUGACGGCAAGUGGAGUCCGUCUGAUGAGGAUGGUGACGACGGCGACGAUGAUGUUUCGGAAAGCGACAUCAGCGGGGCCCUGGGCGGUCUGGGGUAUUUGAACCACCACCACCACUUGGUGCUGGGGCAGGAGAGUCCGAGGCGCCGACAUCUCGCUGCAGAGGAUGACGAUGACAUUGGGGAGCCAGAAGAGCUUCGACAGGCGCUAAGCGCGAUUCCCGACAAGCGCUAUGCAGACCUCCUCAUCGACAACUUCCUCGACACAGCCAACCACUUUUACUACGCCCUCUAUCCGCCGGCCUUCCGGUCGCAGUACGCGGCUUGGUGGAACAACCGCGAGCGCGAGGACUCCAAGGUCAGGACUAGCUCAUCAACUUCGUCCCUCUCAUUCACAACUCUCAUCCUCCGCGUCUGCGCCUGCUCCUUGCAGUUCAUCGCCAACGACGACGUCCGGACAAGGUUAGAAUCCGAGCUGAAGACCGACGUCGUGACGUAUGCAGCGAAGCUCCAUGCGGCGGCUGAGAGGCUGUCGGCCAGCAUCGGGCCCGGCAAGGGAGGGUUGGUGAACGUGCAGCAGCUGUUUCUGGCCGUAAGCUGGUACAAGUCGGAGGAGAGAUGGACGGAGGCAUGGCAUGCGCUGGGACGGGCGGUUAGGGCGGCUAAUGAGAUAGGACUGCACCAAGACUCCGUCUCGGCCGGGAUGGGCGAUUUCGAGCGCGAGAUGCGCCGCCGAAUGUGGGUCAUCCUGUACGUCUGGGACUUUACUCUCGCCUCAAUGCUCUCCCGACCCCUCCUAAUCGACCAAACCAACUGCGAGAUCGCUUCCGCAUCUCUCGCUCUCGAGAAGACGCCCGAGCACCCCGACCAGCCAUCUCCCUUCCAUCACAUGUUCCUUCAGUACAGGCUGUGCCUCGACAUCUCGGCGGCCCUACCGCGACUCUCACCCUCCGACUCAAAAGAGGGCGGAGAAACUCACGGGCAUCAACAAGCCGAAACAGCCAGCCGCAUCCGCAGCAUUGUACACCACUGGUUUCAGACGCUUCCCCCAGAAUACUCCCUCACCUCGCCCGACACACGUUGGGACACCAACGAAUUCCGUUUCAUCGCCUUCCAGCGGCGAUACCUCCACUUAGUAGGGCACGUGCUACUCUUCAGCCAUCUCAGACCCUUUCUCCGUCAGAAAUCAGUCCGCCCCUCGUCAAUGACCAAGCCCAUGCCCAUGACCCCAACCCUCGAAUCAACAUUGAGGGCAGUCGGCGUGCAAACCGCCCUCGACAUGCUCCACCAAGCCUUCGCCUUCCUCGACGCGCGGCACCUGACCAACACUCGCUGCGAGAGCGCCGUGCUGUGCGUCUUUGAUGGCGCAACGACGCUAUGCACUGCCGUUCUGCACGACGAUGCGUGUAAUUUGCCGCAGAGAGAUGUUGUUGUGAGGGUAAUUGAGCGUGCGCGGUGCGAGCUGCAGGCUCUGAGGAAAGUGUCGCGGAGAGCGGGGAUUCUGAGCAAAAUCUUGCAGAGGUUGAUCGCCAGGCUGCCUCUUAGCCCACUGGAGCAGUCUGCUAUUGGAGUGCCAAAACGUAGGAGGACGUUGGAGGUGAUCAUGCCGGUUGUGGCAGGGGACCAGGUUGUGCAGAUGUCGCCGUAUAGUGGGAGGAUGCACCCUCAGAGUAGUCCACAGAGCCCCGGGACGAUCGUUGUUGCGACAACUAUGCCAGAGGCUCAUCAUCCUCAACAACACCAUCAUCGUCAUGGCCGGUCUCCAAGCGAUAGCUCAGCAGUGUCGGUUGCCGAGAGCACAAGGGGGUCCAGUGUCAAGACCGAACCCCAGCAGCGGCAACAGCCGCAGCAGGGAAUUCCUGCUUCCCCUGCUCACUGCCGCCACCAACAUCACCAACACGCCCGUCACCACGGGGGCUCACCCCCCUCCCGCCCAAUGACAGACGCAACCCCAGUAACCUCCCCCCCUCACUACAUCCAUCAUCAUCAGCAACACCACCAAGACUCCCUCGCCGCGAUAUACGCAGCUUCAGCCGCUGCCACCGCAGCGGCAGCAAACAACUUUCUCCCAGCAACAACAACAAUAACAACAGCAGCAGCAACAGCAACAACCAUGCCAACAACAGCUGACGUCUUUGUCGCCCCCACUACAGCAGGCUUCAGCCCGCCAUCUGAAUUCAUCGCUGCCGACUUCCAUCACUACGUCAACUCUCCCAUAAGCCCUCAUGAUCCGAGCUUGUCGCCAUUUAAUCAGCCUGGAUGGCAUCCCCCGUUGGUUGUGGGGACGAAUGAGUUGGGGGCUGCUGCCGCUGCCGCCGCCGCCGCCGCCGCCGCCGCCGCUGCUGCUGCUGCUGCGACACAACAUGGACAACAUGUGUUUCAUCAUGGAAAUUCGGCGACUGGGCUGGAGCAUGCCUUUGGGGAGUGGCAUGGUUUCCAGUUGGGACAGCACAUGGCGUGGGGACAGGGAAGUAUGCCGGAGAGGGAAGGGAGGAGGGCGAGUUCGGUGAAUUAA